CUCUUCAUAUCUGACAUACAGUGAAGCAAGAUGUCUGCUAUCAGCGUGAUACGAGUUGACAACUUGUCAAACUGAAGGCGGAUAAUCGCGCUGCACGAUGAGUGAUUAUAAGAUGCCGAUAAUCGAACCGACUAUAGACUACACAAAGGUACCGCCGAUCAAUCAAAAGCGAACGGUUUCUUUUAUCAAUCAUUUUAUUACUCAUACCGUUACGUUUCUGAAUAAGUUUGCCUUGUCCUGCGAGGAGAGACUGUACGAGUUUGAAAAUAAGUUGCAAAAGUUAGAAGCAUCGUUAGAGAUACUAGAGUCGCGGCUGUCCUCUAUAUCUGGUUUAGAACAAGAAUAUCGUAAAGAAUUGGAUAAUGUUCAGAAUAAUGUGAGUAAGUCAGAAGAAAUAGAGGCAUGUCAAGUGAAUGAACCUGAUGAUAGAGAGGUAGAGCCUAAAGAUGAAGAGGAAGAUGAGCAUGCUGUAAGCAAAGAUCCUCGUUAUGAGAAAUUCUUUAAAAUGAUUCAUUUUGGUGUACCAAAACAAGCAGUCAGACUAAAGAUGGAGCAGGAAGGACUGGAUGCAUCUGUACUGGACAGUCCACAACAGGUAGUUUCUAUACAACGGCCAUCAGAUAAAAGUGAGAAUCAAGAUGAAUAAUGUUACUAAAUAGCAUUACUUAUGUUAGAUAUAUCAAGUGAUUUUUACUUUAUACAGCUUAUUGAGAAGAAAUAAAGAAAUACACAAAUCCCUA